GGGUUAACUUCGCUUCGUGGAAUCGCGAGAAUCGAAUCGUUUCAAAUCGACUCGGUUUGUUCGGGCCGCUCUCCACCUCGUCAAAGUCAUCUCCCACCCCCCUUCCUCUUGUGUGUCCGACUCCUCUGCAUCCAGCUCAUUCGCAAUGUCUGGGAACUUUUAUUUCGCGAUUGUGGGCCACCAGGAUAACCCUGUCUUUGAGAUGGAGUUCAGCCCUCAGAACAAGAAUGAAGCAAAGGAGGAUUACCGACAUCUGAACCAGUUCAUUGCACAUGCAGCCCUGGACCUCGUGGAUGAGCAGAUGUGGACGACUACCAACAUGUACCUCAAGACUGUGGACAAGUUCAACGAGUGGUUUGUGUCAGCCUUUGUCACUGCCAGCCAAAUGAGGUUCCUCAUGCUGCAUGACGCCAGGCAUGAAGACGGGAUAAAAAACUUCUUCAACGAGGUCUAUGAGUUGUACAUUAAGUUUGCAAUGAACCCAUUUUACGAGCCCAACACUCCGAUCCGUUCCACGGCCUUUGAGCGGAAAGUCCAGUUCCUGGGUCGCAAGCAUCUCACAAGCUGAGGAGGCGACGGCGAUGACGCGAGGACGAGGUGUACAUUAUAUAUAUAAAUGUUUAAGCGAGCGAUUGCAAUGCCAUUUAAAGGACUUCGUUCAUGACUCAUCUGAAACUUGAGGCAACACCUCGCCACGUGCAUUCAUUCCACCGCAUUGUCAGUAAUUGCACAAUGUUAUGAUCUUUGUUUUGCCGAGUAUAUUUGACGAUCGUUUGUACAUUUUCUGCAAAGGUACCACCGAUACGAGGGGUUAACAGUCUUAGUUUAAGCCAGGGCGCUACGUGUAAUAUGAGAUUCAUCCAUUUAUCUUUUACAUAUCGAAUAAUACUGUAUACCGCUACACAAUGUGCUUUGUCAAUAAAGUGUUUGUCAAAAAUGUGUGAAAUUACUUACCAUUCUAAGCAACCUUGUCAUGUCUUACACAAAAACAAUAUCCACCUGAAAUAAGUUUUAAUGAAGUCGAAUUGCAUGUUAUUACCAAAAUUGCUACACACAUUGUAUUUCACUUGUGCAAUUGUUAUUAAAAGAUUAACAAAAAUG